AUGUUAUUUGCACUUUACAACGUCGAACCUGUUGUUCCUAACGAUAAAAAACCCACAAUUGAAACAAUUUCUCUUCAUUCAACAACAAAUAAAAUUCGUGAACGUAUCUUCCAAAUGCCCCAAUUAUUCUUUCUGAAACGAGACUUAACAGGAUCAAUGGGUUUACUUCGUCAUUUCUCAACAGAUAUGGUCAAUAUUAUUAUUGAUGAACUUAUAAAAUAUCAAUUACUACGACAGGGACCAUUCAUAACAACAACAUCACGUGGUAUUGUUCAUAUGAAAUCGUAUCCAUCCAAUGAUAUUCUAAAUGAUCCAAUAAAACGUAGUGCUGUUGAUCGAAUUUUCAUUGAUGUUAAAAUGGAUUUACAAAGUUAUAUGACAAUAUUGAGCAAUUCUGUUAUAAAGGAAAAACACGUUUUAACAAUGAUUGGAAAGCAAAUUUUGAUGUUGCCGGAACACCGACUUCUAUAUGAAAAUUUAAAACAAAAAUAUCCAGAGCGUAUUCAUGGAUCGAAUGAUAUUGACAAUAUUUCAGUAGCAAAUAAUCAGUCAUUGCAUAGUGAAACAACAAGUAGUCAAUCAACAAAUAGCCAAUCAAAUAUAACCGUCAUAUCUGGUGAAGCAUUAUCUCAUCAUAACGAUGAACAGACUUAUAAUCCUUUAAAUCAAUUACUUCAACAAUUACAUACAAAUUCUCAAGUUGAACAAUCAGACAAUAUGUCAUCUGCAAACAAUAUUACUUACAUAUCACCUACACACGUUCUUUUUGGUAUUUUGGAAUUUUGUGAGAUUGCUCAAAAAGUAAACAAUAAAUUUUGUGUAGAUAAUUCAACCAACCAUCAACUCUCAAGCAUUUCUGAUACAAUGAAUAUAACAAAUAAUCAACAAACUUUACCUGUUAAGGAACUUACAGUAUCCGCAUUAAAUCAUAAUAUAUCUUCUUAUACCAAUGAGCAUCAAUCGAUUUUAACACAAAAUAAUUUCACAGAACAAAUAUUUGAUAAUACGAUGACAGAUAAUAACUUAACGACAACAAAACAAAUAAAUAAUUCUAUUCCUAAUAUUAAAGAAAAAUUUUCAAAAUCUCAAAUUACCAAUAUUUUAUCAUCAACAUUCGUCAUGCCUCAUGAUCAAAAGCAAGUAGCAUUAAAUAUUCACGCUGGACAUGAUUAUGCACCAUUUAUCGAAAGUGAAAGCAAUACAACCUCACCCUCAUGUAUACUAUCAAAUACUCUUGAAAUUUCUAAUUCUCAUGUCAAUGACUCAAAUUCAUACAACAUGGAUGGUAAAAUUUUUUCCAUUCUUAUAAUUUAACACACUUUGCUUAUUUUAAAAAAAAGCUCUAUUUCUUCUGAUCUAAACUAUAAAACAGUGUCGUUCAUUUUUUUCGAACUGUCUAAUAUUUAAAUAUCUAUCAAAAUUCGAUUCAAAUCGCUUUACAUUACGAUAAAUAGAUCCAUAUUGAAAUUAAUAUAAGGCCAGCCAAGGGGGAAACAUCGUACUUUUGUACUCUAAAGUACAACAAAGUACAAAAGUACUUUAAAGUACCGUAAAGUACUUCGAAGUACUUUAAAGUACCUUAAAGUACU